AUCAAAUGAACCCCAGUGCUGUGGCGGUCUUCAACUUGAAGUUCACUUCACGUUAUAACCAAAAGGCACUCUUCUAUUUUCUAUAGAUCUCGACCCUCUUUGUGGAUAUUCAGAGCGUUAUAGUAAUACUCUCCCUACAUCAACAUGGUGCGUCACAAGAAAGACAACAACUCCUCCAAAGGCAAAAAGUACUCAACCAAGACCCGCCACACCCCUCGCGCGCCUCGGGAUGGCGGCGAAGACGGCGGCGCCUAUGAACGGCCUCCUUUUAAAGCGGCCUGCUGGGACUUUGGACAUUGCGAUUCCAAACGAUGCAGCGGCAAGAGACUGAUGCAUUUCGGCCUGAUGCGAGAACUCCCCAUCGGCCAGAAAUAUCCAGGAGUGGUGAUUUCCCCCAAUGCAAAGAAAGUCCUGUCGCCUGCAGAUCGAGAACUGCUGGAACAGUAUGGUGCUGCAGUGGUGGAAUGUUCAUGGGUACGAGUCCAAGAAGUACCGUGGUCCAGGAUAGGAGGUAAAUGCGAACGACUUCUGCCUUAUCUUGUCGCCGCAAACCCCGUCAACUAUGGGAAACCCUGGCGGUUGAAUUGCGUCGAAGCACUUGCCGCCUGUUUCGCCAUUUGCGGCCAUCAUGAUUGGGCCGAGAUUGUGUUACAGCAUUUUCCUUAUGGAAAGCCGUUCCUCGAAAUCAAUUCUCAGCUAUUUAAGAGAUAUGCGGCGUGUCAGGAUGAAGAACAGAUCAAGGCCGCGCAGGAGACUUGGUUGGCGAAAUUGGAGAAGGAGUAUUCCGAGAGUCGACUCACUGUUGACGGAGGGGAUGAUUGGGCUGGAGGGAAUAUGAACAGACGAGAUGUUUUGGAUUCAGAUUCAGAGGAGGAUGAAGACAGCGACGACAACGGUGACGGUGAUGAGGAAUCAACCGAGUUCCCCGCACAGCAAGGAGUCCCGCUGGAUCUGCCGCCUGAUGAAGACGAAGAGGAACAGGAGGCGCAAAUGGCAGAGAUUAGGCGGAAGAUUCUGGCGUCUAAGCCGUUCAGCGAGUCUAUGUCCAAGAAAGACGAACAACAACAACAACAACAACAUAGCCGAGGUGGAGAUGCGCCGGCGAACUUGAACUCGACGACUGGGCUGUCCACCCAACCAGAACCACAACCGGUUGAUCUAGUCGAAUCAGACGCCGAGUCGGGUUCGGCCGAGGAAGACUACGAUGAUUUCGACCAGAUCGCAAACGCCACGCCAGUCACCGAUCGCACAGGCAUAGUUGCGCGUGAACGACAGAAAAAGCUUGAGCUGGCGAGUGCAACGUUUUCGCGCACUGUUGUCUCUGCCCCGAAGAAGUGGUAGAGACGGGACAACCUGGCCAAACACUCUAAGUCAAUGUCAUUUGCUUUCAAGAUGUUCACUUCUAUCCCACGUCGUGCGAUUAAUUACUCCAAUUCUGUGACUUCUAAGGACGUUUGAAACCCAAGCGUGGACUUUUUGAGAGCCAAAAAAAGAAGGCAAGGACAACACAGGUGGCCGAGGCUCAAUCAACCGUAAACGUAGACGUAGACGUACCGAUUGAUUUAUGUUCAUAUUCUUUCUACCCCAGUUCAAGUUUCAAGCAUGCCAUGCAGCGCCCGACAAGGUACUGUGCCGUAAAUCAUUUAUUUUUCUUCGCUCAAAGCAAAGUAUCUCCCAAAGCACACCUAACCAAACUA